UAGACCAUGGAGUUGGAGCACUUUGACGAACGCGACAAGGUCCGUCGCGGGCGCUCCACUCGAGCUAAACGAGACGACUCAGGCCCGAGCUCCCGUGGAAGCAGCCUGGUUCCCAGCCCGGCGCACAGCACCAACUGCAGCUAUUAUCGCACCCGCACUUUGCAGGCGCUCACCUUGGAGAAGCGCGCCAAGAAAGUGCGCUUCUACCGCAAUGGCGACCGUUCUUUUAAGGGUCUGCUGUACGCCGUCUCAAGCGACCGGUUCCGCUCGUACGAUGCCCUUCUGGUGGAGCUCACCCGUUCGCUGGCAGACAACCUCCACCUGCCUCAAGGAGUGCGGACCAUCUACACCAUCGAUGGUACAAAGAAGAUCACCAGCUUGGACGAGCUGGUGGAAGGCGAGUGCUACGUUUGUGCCUCCAACCAGCCUUACCGCAAAGUAGACUACACCAAGAUUUCAGUCCCUAGCUGGAAGCCCGGCGCCGCGUCUGGGAGCAGCGGCACCAGCUCCAACAGGCCGACCGCCGCGUCAGCUGGGUCGGCGGGCGGUGCGGGCGGCAGAGAGCGAGCCGAGGGGCGAGAGAGCAAAGACUUCAUCAAGCCCAAGCUGGUGACAGUGAUCCGAAGCGGUGUGAAACCCCGUAAGGCGGUGCGGAUCCUCCUGAACAAGAAGACCGCCCACUCUUUCGAACAAGUGCUGGCUGACAUCACCGAGGCCAUUAAGCUGGACUCAGGAGCUGUUAAGAGGCUGUACACGCUGGACGGAAAGCAGCUUACCUGUCUCCAGGACUUCUUUGGAGACGACGACGUGUUCAUGGCGUGCGGGCUGGAGAAAUUCCGCUAUGCUCAAGACGACUUCGUGCUGACUCACGGUGGAAAGACUGCGGCCUUUGUCAAUGAAUGUCGUGUCAAAUCGUCACGUCCCGGCGUCUCUCAGAGGACUUCAGCUCCAAAGAGCCCCAGCGGCUCUGUUUUAGCCUCCUCCAAGGGUUCCGCUAAAGCUGUGACCCGGUCCAGGUCACCGGGAACAGCCAAUGAAGCUUCGGGAUCGCAGGCAAAGUCAUCCAGGUCUAGCCCCUCCCCCAGCCUCAAGGUUUCCCCACAUCGGUCUUCCUCCACGGAUGUCAAUGGCGCGGCCGAACAUGCCGAUGACGGGACUAUAGAAGUCAACGGAAACCUGUCGGUGUCGUCAACCCUCAUCAGCAGCAAGUACAAAAUCGGUAAAGUCAUCGGAGACGGAAACUUUGCGGUGGUGAAAGAGUGCAUUGAGAGGUCAACUGGGCAGGAGUUCGCGCUGAAGAUCAUCGAUAAAGCUCGUUGCUGUGGGAAGGAGCACCUGAUUGAGAACGAGGUGGCGGUCCUGAGGCGGGUUCGACACCCUAGCAUCAUCCAACUUAUCGAGGUGGACGAAACACCAUCUCAGCUUUUCUUGGUCAUGGAGCUAGUCAAGGGCGGUGAUCUGUUUGAUGCCAUCACGUCGUCCACCAAAUACAGCGAGCAUGACGCCAGCGCUAUGGUGUACAAUCUGGCCGGAGCCAUCAAGUACCUGCACAGGAUGAACAUCGUGCAUAGGGACAUCAAGCCGGAAAAUCUAUUGGUUUGCGAGUACCCAGAUGGCACAAAGUCACUCAAACUGGGAGACUUCGGUCUAGCCACGGUGGUCGAAGGGCCACUUUACACUGUGUGCGGCACCCCCACGUACGUCGCCCCGGAGAUCAUUGCGGAGAGCGGCUAUGGUUUGAAGGUAGACAUCUGGGCAGCGGGCAUCAUCACCUACAUCCUCCUUUGUGGUUUCCCGCCAUUUAGAAGUGAGAACAAUGUCCAAGAGGAGUUGUUUGAUCAGAUCCUCCAAGGGAAGCUGGAGUUUCCGUCUCCAGACUGGGAUGCCGUCAGCCUUCCUGCUAAGACGCUGAUUAGUCAGAUGCUGCAGGUGAACGUGGACGCUCGAUUCACAGCGGACGAGGUUCUCGCGCACUCAUGGGUGUCGGACGACGCUCCCAACGACUCCGGCAACGAAGACCCCGGCGCAACGGAGAUGGAAUCUCCAGGGCUGGAAACCAAGCAGGUUCCUUCCCCGCUGGUGUAG